ACAGGAUCACCAGAGAGAGAAAUUAGGCUUCACUUAGUUCAGUAGAUUGUGCUCUCUGAUAUCCGAGUGACCGCGUUCAAUAGUUUUGGGGGGAGUGGACACCCCCAGUGGAGAAGUGCCGCGAACACACAAAAAAAUGUAAGACAAAAAUAGAAAGUUUUGACAGAAGGGAGAUGACUAUUGUGUUUCAAACAUUCUCUCCCUUGCUAUCUGCAAGUGUUUUCAAAGUAUCACUCGGGACUCUGGCAUUGUGAUUGGCAAAAAAAAAAAAAAAGAGAGUAUAUUUCUAUUUUCUAAGUAAAUCUUCGUUGUUGUAUUUUGGAGAGGAAUGUAAAGGGCAUUUACCUUUGUAUCCUUAUAGCUGGCUAUAAUGCAAGUAUCUAAGUGAACUUUUACACAAAUUAACCAGUUUCGUUGUUAAGCGAAAUUUUUCUGAUAACACAUUUAGUGAAGCAGUCACAUGCCACGAGAGACUGGCUUGUACAAUGAGGAGUGUAAAGAGAAUAUAUUCCUAUCACUUUAGCCAUAAGUCUAUCAUAUAAAAUAUUCUGAGAACACAAAAAUUAAUGCAUGACGAUUGACGAUGCAAUAAAUUAAAAUAGCCAGAAAUGAGAGAAUUGAAGGAAAUAUUAUUUUUUUGUGGUUAUUUCUUGGCUGUUAGUUUUCAUUGGAUAAUAUUUAUAGUUUUGUGAUUUAGCUAGAUCUAUUUGUUUCGAGACUUGAGAGAAAAGUUUUUAAUUCAACUUAUAGACACGUGAUUGGAGGUUUCACAAUUUCUAAAGAAGAAGAGUGAUAUGAUUUUCAAAUAUUCCUAAAAUUUUGUGGUAAAAGCUGUUUAUGAGUGGAAUCUCAGUCAAAGCUAGAUUCAGGCUAGUUGACUUAGCUUGACUUAACUUGACUUAACGCUUAGCAAGCAAAAACUUUGAGAGUCUCAGUGACCACCUUGCAUUCUGAAUAUUUGUUUUUUGAGUAUAUAGCCUGAAAAUGAUUUCAAAAGAAGUUCCGGCUAGGAAAUGUCCUAACUGACGUCCAGUCGUCAGGACUUUGACGUGGUCAAGAAUGUGACGUCUUACUCCGGUACGAUGCACGUCUGCAUCAAUAAGCCAGCGUCGUCGUCCACUCUGUCCAAGCGGCAACCUUCCAACCUCCACCAGCAUCAACUGAAAGAAGACUUCCAGUCACACAGCAUAACUCCGCCUCUUAUACAGAGAAGACCUUCCCUACCGCAGGGCGGCCUAGAAUGGCGAAUGCGCAGGAGAGUUCACCAUCAAGAUGGCAGGUUCAGGCAGCGCAGGAAAACAGUUUCCGUGGGGAAAUUUCUGGAGAACGAAGAAGACGACGAGGACGCCACUGAUGACGUCUUUCUCCACGACACGUCUUGCCCUCACUUUCAGCCUCGCUCGGACUCAGGGCCGAGGAGCAGAACGCCCAACACCACCGGCGACACCCAGGGCGGUGGCGGCGGAAGCGGCUGCCCCCCAGUUCGAGAUAAAGUUCUCCGGGCGGAAGAAAGAACUCAAGCUAAACACAACGAACGCGAGAAUCUCGCAGACAGCCUUCCGUUGACCACACGCCUUCAUCCUACGGCAGCAUCACCUGUGUUUCCUGAGACCAAGACUCAUGAGUGCACCUGUCUCUCCAAAGGCGGCACCGACACCAGCCGAACUAAAAACAACAAUAACAACAACAAUACUAUCGACGUUUCCAAAUCCGGACCUGCAGGCAUCCGACGCGGCGGGGGCGGUCGGGCAAAGAAGGGUAAAAAGAGAAACAGGCGCGAAACAGUGGUUCUCAACGUGGGUGGCCACGUGUUUGAAACUUACCGCGCCACUGUUCGGAGGCUCAGGACUCCGAUUUUCACAUGUGAGGAUCAGUUGGAGUUGUACUACAGGGAGUCUCAUGGGGAUUACUUUUUCGACAGGGAUCCAACAGCCUUUGGGUCUAUUCUGAACUAUCUUCGAACUGGAGAGCUUCACAUACCAACGAACAUGUGCGGGCCGGCUUUACAGAAUGAGCUCGAGUUCUGGGGUAUUGAAGAGAGUGAUAUAUCCAGGUGUUGCUGGACACAGUACAACACUUGGAAAACACAAUGCAGGUCUCUGGAAAAACUCGAGUAUGACCGGAAAUUUUCAACAACCCAACAGGUUCCGUCAGUGGACGAGGACAGUUCUUGUUGGGUCAGGUUCCGGUCAAAGAUCUGGACAUUCCUUCAGGACCCGGGAUCUUCCAGAAAAGCUAAGGUCUAUGCUUGGGUGUCCAUUAUCUUCGUCUUCAUCUCCAUCUUCUCCUUCUGUGCUGAGACACACCCGAUCUUCAAGGUGAAGGCCAAAGAUAUGACCCACAUGGCUUCCUUUUACCAGUUCCUUCACAUUGAGAACAUCCAGUGGUCCAAAGUGAACCUCCGGCCGAAUCAAACGGCCAGCAACUCAUCUGAAUCUCCUCACACCAAAAGCGCACCGCCGAAUCUGGACAGCUCAACCAGCGCUAACUCGCUUGGAACGAAGAGUCCGGAAACCCAGGUGGCUUACAAGAGACAGAAGAGAAGGUUUAAAAGAAAGGCCACCAUGGGAGAGAACUUUUGCUUGACUGAAAGCCUAGGGGAUAAACCGGAAGUGAAAGAAGAUGAUUGGGAUAAUAAAGAGUUGCCUCACCCAGCCCUUCUCAUAAUGGAUGUCAGCUGCCUCAUCUUCUUCACGCUGGAAUACAUCACUAGAUUUGUUUGCUCCCCGAGCAAGAUCACCUUCCUCAGGGCAUCUCAAAACAUCGUGGACUUUCUCGCCUUCGCCCCGGAUUACAUCGAGAUGUUGUUUCUCAUUAUAGACCCCAUCCAAAACGAGGGCAUGGCCAUUAUGGAGAUGCUUUUCAUAUUAAGGAUUUUGCGGUUGUUUCGGAUUUUCAGGCUAAUCCGGCACGUCCCCGGGCUGUGGAUUCUUCUGUACACGCUGAAAGCUAGUUUUAACGAGCUGAUGCUGAUGUGUGUCUUUCUGUUGAUUGGCAUGGUCGUAUUCGCCACUCUUAUGCAUUUCGUGGAGCCCAACGGGAUAUUCACCAACAUCCCCGUCGGCUUCUGGUGGAGCGUCGUCACCAUGACGACCGUGGGCUACGGAGACAUGUACCCGCAGUCCGCCUCCGGGUACUUCAUCGGAUCCUGCUGCGCCGUGGCUGGCCUGCUCAUGAUCGCCUUCACGGUCCCAAUCAUCGUGAGCAACUUUGUCCUUUACUACACCCAUGUCCAGUACGGGCUGACCAGAAAGGAGAGGGACGCCAUCAGCGAAGAGGACGAAGUGGAGUUUACGGGGAGUAGGAGCGCCCUGGAUAUCGAGAGGGCAGACUCCGCCCUACUGCUGCCUUCCGUCAUUCCCGUGUUGGUUGGGCCACACACCAGCACCUCCAGGAAUGGAAAGUCCUAUACAUUUCUGAACAACGCAACAGACUCGCUAGAUGCAGCGGAAGCAGACUCCAUGGAAAUGCAGGAACACUGCGGGGAGCUGAAAAAUCCCGCUAGCCCACCAACAGUCUUCUUCCUAGAAAACUAAACUCGCUAAAAACUGUGAUAUGAGAAUCUGCCAGCGUAAGCAGUUUCGAAAAUGCUCGAACUAUGUCAGUAUAGCCACAAAAGGAAUUAAUUUAUAAUGAAUUUUUAAAAUCAAGCUGAAUUGUAAAUAUAUGUUUCAUGUCAUCACUUAAUGGCAAUCUAUUUAUUGACUUCAUUCCAACACUCCCUUGAUUCUUACAGUAGAAAGUUAUUUCUAAAAUUAAAAUAUAGCCAUGCAAACGUAAUUUAGAUUGAUUUUAGCAUGUGAUUUGAGUGUCUGUGUAUGACUCUAUCGAAAGCAAAAGACAGAGAGAAAUGAAGAAAGACAGAGAGGAAUGAAGAAAGACGGUCAACAGAUCUUAUGUGGUGCCCGAACAGUCCAACAGACUAAGGGUGAAUGAACAUGUGAUGAAGGUGUUGUGUAUGAUUCUAAAUGUCAGAAGACCCCCCAUUUCACUUUUAUUUGAACAAAAUUGUAGAAUAUUUUCGCCGACUAGUUUACUUUCUCUUUUGUUCCAUUUACUGUGAUUUCAUAAAUUUGUUUCCCUUUUGUGGACUUUCUUAGCCUCUUUUUGGUCUCUCUGCCUCUUUUUUGGCCUCUCUGCCUCUUUUUUGGCCUCUCUGCCUCUUUUUGGUCUCUCUGCCUCUUUUUUGGCCUCUGUCUCUUUUUUUGGUCUCUCUGCCUCUUUUUUGGUCUCUCUGCCUCUUUUUUGGUCUCUCUGCCUCUUUUUAGAGCUUACUUUUUUUUAUAUAGAAUAUUAAUAUCGUUUUGUUUUUUAAAUUAUUUUCUAUCUCUCCUCCCUGUUCUCUCUUAAUGAUGGGAAAAGGCAAAAAAUGUGAAUGUAAAAGUCAAGUGACCUCAAUUAAUCUUUCGCAAAGUAAGGGUCCAGCUCAUCACCAAGAAUC